AUGGCUAGCCAACGUGUCGAGCAGAUUGCCGCUCAUCUGAACUACCCAAAGGGUAUGCUCAAUGGGUCCGUUGCGAUCAUAACAGGAUCCGGACAGGGGAUUGGUGCCGAGACGGCCAGGCUAUUCGCAAAGGAGGGUGCCAAGGUCGUGGUGUCAGAUAUCGAUGCCAAGAAAUCGCAGAGUGUAGCGGACGAGAUCAACAAAGCUGGCGGACAAGCUACGUCGAUACCUGGCGAUAUGCUUGACGAUAAAUACAUCGCCGAUCUUGUAAAGAAGACAGCAGAGUUUGGUAAUGGCAAGAUCCACAUCAUCGUCAACAAUGCCGGCUAUACAUGGGACGGCGUCAUUCACAAGACCACAGACAAACAAUGGGACACCAUCAUCGCCCUCCACAACACCGCACCCUUCAAGCUCGUCCGAGCCGCAGCACCCUACUUCCGCGUCAAAGACGGCGAACCUCGCUCCAUCGUGAACGUCUCCUCCACCUCCGGCCUCCACGGCAACGCAGGCCAGGCCAACUACGCUCUCGCCAAAGCCGGCGUGACCGGUCUCACCAAGACCAUCGCCAAAGAAUGGGGUCCUCAGUUCGGGGUCCGGGCCAACACGGUUGCAUUUGGUCACAUAAUGACUCGUCUGACAGCCGCCAAGGAAGAGGGUGCAUUCGUGCUUACGCCAGAUGGUGAGAAGGUCGCUCUUGGCAUACCGCAAGCGCAGCGGGCGGCGAAGAAGGGCGAUGAAGCUGCGGCGUACAAGGACAUUCCGCUUGGAAGGCCUGGAACGGCCACUGAGGCUGCUGCGGCGGUCUUGGCCAUGGUCUCGCCACUGUUCAGCUACAUCACUGGGCAGACGAUUAGUGUUACUGGUGGUAGGAAUAUUUAG